AUGAAACUUCUUUACGGUGCGUUGCUCAUAGCUCAGGCUGCAGCUGCAGCUAGUAGCCAUGGGACCUUUGCAUCCCCCGGAAACGACGUCAGGUUGAAGUUCCGUUAUUGGCUCCCCGAUGCCAGUGUAGACACCGAUACAGUGGUGAAGGAUAUUGAAGAGGCUGGCGCAAUAGGUGCUGGAGGGGUGGAGCUUCUCGGCCUCUACAACUAUGGCGGUUCGUUGGCACCGCAACCCGAUGGUGCCGACUGGGCUACGUAUGGCUUUGGAACACCCGCAUUCAACACCCUUUUUAAGGCAUCAUUGCAGAGUGCGAGGAAUACGGGCAUGGUCUUCGACUUUGCUCUUGGGCCAAGUCAAGGGCAAGGCGUUCCAGCCAAGACAACUGAUGAGGGGCUUCAUUGGGACUUGGCACCAUUCAAUGUCAGUGUCCCAUCCAAUGGCACAUACAACGGUCAGAUUCCCGGUUGGGAAACUGGUGAGCUUGUUUCUUUGGUGUCUGCGCGGGUCGUGAACACCUCUACAAUCGUCAAUCCCGCAAGCAGUCUCUUUUCCACUCCUGCAAACAAUGCGACUCGCUUGGUUUUGGCAACUGAAUCGCUAGUAGAUCAUACCGAUGUGAUCAGUGCCGAUGGAAUGGUGUCAUUGUCAUUCAAUGUCAGCGAACAUUAUUCCUAUCGUCUCUUUGCCUACUAUCAGUACCAGGACCUUGUGAAGAACCUUGACAUCUACGAGAACACUACAGGAAGCAUUUUUGAUAAUGGCUCCUACACGGUCGAUCACUUCAGCGCUCGUGGUGCUCAAACUACUAUAGAUUUCUGGGAAAACUACAUCUUAAAUGAUACGGAUAUCAAAGCUCUUUUGCAAGAGGUGGGCCGCUACGGCUGGGAGGACAGCAUCGAGAUAAAGUCUAACAUUUCCUGGUCACCUUCCAUUCCAGACAUUUUUGAGCAGAUCAAUGGCUACCAGUUGCGCAAGUUCCUCCCUCUUAUGAUGUAUGGAAAUAACAACCCCGGCGUGCAACCAUCAUACCCAGGUACUCUGGAAUGCGUCUUGGACAGCGAAGGUCAGGGGCAAGGCUACGUCAAUGACUUUCGUGCUGCCCUAGAAAAAGGAUAUCAAAAUUACUUGGACACGCUUUCAGCCUGGCUAGAGGGGUUGGGGUUAGGCUAUUCGGCUCAGGUCUCCUACAACCUACCGCUCAACAUGGAAGUGAGCAUCAACCACGUGGUCGCUCCGGAGUGUGAGAGUCUUGCAUUCAACAAUAACAUUGAUGGAUACCGUCAGUUCUCGGGCGUCGCAAACGUCGCUCAGAAGAACGUGGUUUCAAAUGAGAUGGGCGCCAAUUUAGAGAAGGCGUUUGCCCUUCCGCUCAGUGAACUACUCGGACAGAUCAAUACGGCUUUUGCCGGUGGCGUUAACCAGAUUGUGCUACACGGCCAGUCCUAUACUGGAAACUACCAUGAGACAACGUGGCCAGGGUACACAUCUUUCUUCAUGCUUUUUGCAGAGUCCUACUAUAACAAGCAGCCUGCAUGGGGCCAUGGACUUUCGGACGCCAUUGACUACGUCAGCCGCAAUCAGUACAUUUUGCAGGCUGGCCAGCCACGAACGGACAUCGCUCUGUACAAUGGAGUUUCAAUGACUGAUCCCCAGCUUGAAACCUUAUAUCCCACCGAUGACCUGACCAAGGCAGGUUACACUUACACCUAUCUUUCGCCUGCAAACUUCAAUAUCUCGCAAGCAUCCGUGUCAGACGGUCUUUUGGCCCCUGAGUCCCCCGCCUACAGAGCUAUUAUUGUUACGAGCGAUCAAAAUGUCACUUGGGCUGGUGUCAUGCAGCUUCAACAGCACGCCAAUGCCGGACUACCUGUCAUUUUCAGUGGUGGUUUUCCAGGAUAUUAUCCCAAUGGUGAAUCGACCGAUAAGGCCGCGGUUUACGCUGCUUUGAGGAUGCUCGGCGGUUCUCAGAAUGUCUAUGCCACUGGUUCUGGGCAAACUGCCUCAAAGCUUCAGCAGCUGAACCUCACUCCGCGCGUCGCAGUUCAUACGAAUGGCACCUGGUACCCAGUUCUUCGGACGGAUAAUAGCACUGAUUACCUAUUUAUCCUCUCGAGAGACUCGGAUUCUCGAGGCUACCUCACUGUUAGCUCGACUAAGACACCCUACCUUCUGGAUAGCUGGACUGGCAAGCGGAGACCAUUACUCCAUUAUCAGAGACGCGGGAACACUACAGAAAUUCCUCUUCAUCUUGCUGCGAAUCAAACGGUCGCUUUUGCCUUUAGCAACGAAUUGUGGUCUGAAAUCGAGACCCCGUACCUUCAUGCCUUACGCGUUCCUUCAAACGUCCUUGGUUAUAAUUAUAGCACCUCCGGUGGUCUCCUUCUCCACAGAUCCACCGAUCCCUGCGAUGACUGUAUUUUUCAACUCAGCAACGGAACUUCCUAUGACCUCUCCCUCAAUUCUACCUCUCUUACUUCUCACUUACGUAACUGGACGCUCAUCGCUGAACACUGGGAAGCCCCCAACAACAUAUCAGACGCCGCCAUCCAAGCCGUGAAGCGGAACACGACUCACCACCUCGACACUCUAGUCUCCUGGCUUGAUAUCCCAGGCCUUCAGAAUGCCUCCGGCCUAGGCUACUACUCGUCUUCAUUCUCCUGGCCUCCGAGUCCUGCUUACAUUGUUGAUGGUGCAUACCUCACCUUCCCCAAGAUUGCCCAAGGCAUCAAGGUGACCGUAAAUGGUCAUGACGUGGGACCUCUGGAUUUUACCAACCCCAGAGUUGACAUUGGCCCAUACCUCACCAGCGGUGCCAAUGAAGUGACUGCCAUUGUUCCCACGCUGAUGUGGAAUUAUGUUCGGAGCAUUUACGAUGAAAUUGAGAUAUCUGGGAUUGCGCCUCUCCUGAGUGACCCGUUGCCCGAUCGGGUGGAUAAUGGCUUGAUCGGGGAAGUGAAGAUCAUUCCCUAUGUCACUACUCGAUAUAUGAUCUGA